AUGGCCAGGCCAGACGGGCGACCGCCGAGGCCGCGCUCCAAGUCUGCGGCGCGCAGCUUCACAGGCCGGUCCGAAUCCGCCCUCAGCCGCCGUUCCUCGCGCACCUCGUUCAUCACGGCCGCCGGCGCGUCCGUCAGCGAUCCGGCAGAGCCGCGCAGCAGCUUCACCGCCGACUCCGUCACCGACGGGCUUCGGGACGACGACGACGACGACGAUGACGACGACGACUCUUCAAGCGUCUCGGACAGCCCGGAGCCCCGAUUCGCAGCCCGCAGGGAUUCGGGCGAGUCGCUCCACCGCUCGCCUCCGACAUCGCAAGACGAUGCCACCACGCUCUCGACCCUCGAGGAGCCCACACCGCAGCCGCAGCGCAUCGCCUCCAAGAAGCAGCAGUCGAAGCUCGCACCGGCACCGGCUCUGGCCGAGGCCAUGGCGAGCCCGCGCUACAGCAGGGACGACCGACGCUUCCUGUCGCCCUCGCCCACUCCGCGCAAGUCGAACGCACCGGCCAGGGAGAGCCGCCGCUUCUCCAAGGCCAGUCACCUGACGCUGCCCUAUGAGCGCUCCGAGGUGGGCGACUACGACUACGACGACGGCAGGGACCGCGACCGCCGCUCCUCGACGCUGCGCCCGAGCAAGUCGAGCUCCCGCAUCAGCUCCCAAAACCUCGAGCCGCCCUUUCCCGACCGCCGCAAGAGCCGCUCCCGCUCCUUCACCGACGGCGGCGGCGACCGUUCCGACUCGAGGCUCAGCAGGCUGGCGCCUCCGCUGCCGCUCGGGGGCCAGCGUGCCUCGGUGCGCGGCUCGAUGCUGUCCGGCUACGCGCCAUCGUCGCCGGGCUCUGACCGUUUCUCGAUGCGCGACGGUCCCAUGAGCCCCAACCGCUCGCUCCUCUCGCCCCACCAACGCUCGCCGCGCAAAAAGGACCGCAGCGACACGGCCAGCAUCGCGACCCGGACCACCGCCCGAGGCGCAGGCCGGGGUGCCGCCUCGAUCCGCAGCGGCGUCGCCGGCGACGGCGAAGGCCUGGCCUCCCCGACCGACAAGGUCCUCGACCCGGAGAGCCACGUGUUCCCCGGUACAAAGAUCCGCAAGCACAUCGAGCCUCCGCUGACGGACGCGAUGCGCAGCGUGCUGCGCCAGUUUGGCGGUCGCAACAUGGGCGACCACGGCUGCAACGGCUACCCGAUCGCGGUCUUUGUCGGCGCAACCGCCCUCGACACGGGCUCCGUCAUCCACCCGCACGUCUCGGGCGGCAUCUCGCUCUACUUUGGCGCGGGCCACCCCAAGAACAUGGCCGUCGUGCUGCCAGACGAGGAUCGCAUCCCGCGCCACAUUCCCAACCCCAAGGCGCCCACUCCCGUGUCGCUCUCGCGCCGCGCCGAGCUCCGAGCCGCAGUCGCAGCGCUCAAGACGGUGUUUGACCUCUACCGCGGCCGCGCUUGCGCCCACAUCUGCAUCGACAGCGCCUACGUCGCCAAGGCCUGGGCCACCUGGAUCCCGACCUGGGACGCCCAGGGCUGGCCGGGUGAAGAGGAGCCCGAGCAGUGGAGCCGCCGCCGCCACCGCGACGACGACGACUACCGCUCCGACGACGACGACUACACCAGCUACAGCGACGACGACCGCGGCGGACGCAGGCGGAACCAGCGCAGGCACAGGGGAGACCGCCGCGACGGCGGCUAUGCCAGCGAAGGCGGUCGGGGCGCUCGCUACGAGGACGAGCAGCGGCGCCGCCGUCACCGCGAGAAGGGCCGCAGGGACGACCGCGAUCGCGAUCGCCCGCGCGACGACUGGCUCGCCGACGACCCCUAUGGAGACCGGCGCCAGUCGCGCAGGCCUGGUGGCGGAGGCUACGCCAGCGACCGAGGCUCUCGCCGUGGAGGCGGAAGUGAGGGAGGCAGGCGCCGCCGCCGCCGUCACGACGACUACUCGGACGACGAUGACGACUAUUCCGAUUACGACGAUCGCAGGUCCUCGUCCCGAAAGCGCGGUAGCCAGCGCGGAGGCGGAGGCGGGCGCCGUACCGCCGACGACGACCGCGACGACGACCGCCGCCGGCCCGGAUCCAAGCGCCGCGGCGGUGGCAAGUCGACUGCGGCCGGUGCCACGAGCCGCAAGCUGGUCGACGAGGACCUGCUGCGCGAGCUGGCCGACAUCCGGUACGAGUUUGCGCUCGUCGAGCAGAAGCGCAUCGGCAGCGCGCACCUCUACCUCAUCGACCGCACGCACAAUCCGGCCGACCGGAUGGCGCGCGCCGUGGCCAAGAGCGAGGGCGGCCUGCUGGGCGCCACCGUCGACCACGGUGUCGGGUCCGCCUCGGUCCUGGGCGACGACGACGACUUUGUCGGAGACCACGCCCGCAGCCCGGCGACCGCCCGUAAGGUCGCCGCCGACCGCAUGACGCUGCGCGAGGACGACGACGACUUCUACUACGACGAGACGAGGUCGAUGGCCGAGCACCGCGUCGCCAGCCGCAUCCGCUCGCGGCGAAGCAUCGACAUCGAGAGCCGGCGCCAUCCCAUGCCUUCCUCGGGACGCGCCAGCCUCGAUGUCGGAGGCAAGGACCGCUCCUCGAUGUCCGACGACCACCGCCUCAGCCAGGCCAGCAGCGUGCUCGCCUCGGCCGCUCGGGUUCGGCCCACGGCCAAGGGCAGGGACGCCAACGGCUCUCGUCUCGGCGGCAGCGCUCUGUCGGUCUACGAGGAGGAGGACGAAGACGCGGCCGACUUUGACGACGACGACGGCCGCCUUUCGACCCGCACGCCGCCUUCGCGCGCCGAGCUGGAGCGCGACGAUUACCUCGCUCGCCAGGCGGAACGCGAGCAGGUGGCCGGCGGCACCCGCAGUCGCCUUGCACCUCCAUCGUCGGGGCGCUUCCGAGACGCCCUUGGCAGUUCCCGAGGCUCGAUGGACCGACGCCGCUUCGCCGCCAGCCAGCCGGACCUUCAUGAGGGUAGCGGAGGCCGACGACCGCUGUACGCCGACGACGGCGACGAUUUCGACGACCGCCGCUCCAUGAUGUCGUCGGCCACGGGCCGGGAGCGUCGAGGGGCCAGCAGCGGCGUGGCUGGCGUGGGUGCAGGCGCCUCGCGCAGCCGCAACCUCUUCCCGCCGUCGCCGUCUUCGGCGCGGGGCUCGCUCGACUCUCGGCGCACGGCCACGCUGCGUUCGCACCACGGUCCAGGCCUGGCGCCCGAAGAGGAGGGGUACGACUGGGACACGAGGUCGACGGCCUCGUCGACGCGGCGCAGCUUCAUGGGCCGGCGCAAGAAGAGCGCCGCGCCGCCCAACGGAGCCGACCCGCGCCGGCCCAGGGACUGGAGGGGCAAGACGGCCGUCGACUUUGAAGAGGAGCUCGCCGCUUCGGGCCGAGGCGAAAAGAAGAGCGGCGGCAUCUUUGGCAAGCUCUUUGGCAAGCGACGGUGA